UCUUCCUUCGCUUUUGCCGUUUUCAUAUCACAGUUUUCGUCUCCCUUCUCUCUGUCUGAAAUAUUCUAGGGCUUCCAAGAGCUUUUCAUAUCUUUGAGGUUUUCGAUCUGGUCUUGUUUGGUCAGCAGGAGUUAAAAAGAUUCCGCUACGUUUUUUUUAUAUAGCUCUUGAAUCAGGUAUAUAUCAGUCCUAUCUCAAAAGAUCAGGGUGCAAAUGAUGUUCAAUCUCCUCCUAUAAAUGCAGUGCAGCAUUGAAAAUGAGAAGUUUCCGGGAAGCUUAUGCUUGAUGGACUGCAAGCCCAGCAGCAGUGACAAGAAGACGCUGAAGAGGUGGUUUUUCAUAGACAAGAGAGUUGGGUAGAGAAAUCUGGAAUAAGUACCACUUGAUUCUGCAUUUUGAUUCACUGGCAAUUGACAUUGUACACUUAGAUUAACCCUUUUUUUUAUCUCCCCCGAGUCCUAAUUAAUCUGGAUCCAAUGGACCUGAAAUCGAAUCACGCUUCUCCUGUUUUAACCGAUCCUGCACCCAUAAACAAGUUAAGACUAGGCAUCCCUUCUGGUUUGUUGGCAUUGUUGCCUCACUCACAGCCAGGAGCUUUGUUCUCCUCGAGCAAGUAUGUAACUAUUCCAAGGAAAAAGACCGGAAUGAUUAAUGAUGUUCGAUCUAAUGGUUGGCUGGAUGCCAUGAAAUCCUCUUCACCCCCUCGGAAAAAGCUAAUAAAGGAUUUCAAUGUUGAGGCUGCUUUAGACGAUGCUGAUAUUGCUUCUUGCUCCUGGGUGCUGAAGUAUCCAUCCGCACUCAGUUCUUUUGAGAAAAUUAUAGAUCGUGCGAAGAACAAGAAAAUAGCAAUCUUUUUAGACUAUGAUGGUACUCUUUCUCCAAUAGUAGAUGACCCAGAUCGUGCCCUAAUGUCUAAUGAAAUGCGUUCUGCUGUGAGAAAUGUUUCAAAGUACUUUCCAACAGCAAUCAUCAGCGGAAGAAGCCGUGAUAAGGUUUAUGAGUUGGUUGGACUCAAAGAACUCUGUUAUGCUGGUAGUCAUGGGAUGGAUAUUAUGGGCACUCUCAGUCACAGUCAUGUUUCUAAUGACCAUUCAAAUUGUAUUAAACCUAAUGAAAAACAGGGUAAGGACGUAAGUCUCUUCCAGCCCGCUAGAGAGUUUUUACCUUUGAUUGACGAGGUUUUUAGAACCCUCGUUGAGAAUACUAAAGGGAUCAAAGGCGCAAAAGUUGAGAAUCACAAGUUUUGUGCCUCUGUACAUUACCGUAACGUAGAUGAGAUGAAUUGGCCUACGAUUGCACAAUGUGUCCAUGAUAUUCUGAAGGACUAUCCCCGAUUGCGAUUAACCCAUGGGCGGAAGGUUUUAGAAAUCCGUCCUGUGAUUGACUGGAACAAAGGAAAAGCAGUUGAAUUUCUGCUUGAAUCUCUUGGGCUCAGUAAUAGGAAUGAUGUGCUUCCAAUCUAUAUUGGAGAUGACAGGACCGAUGAAGAUGCAUUCAAGGUAUUGCGGGAGGGUAAUCGAGGUUAUGGAAUACUGGUUUCUGCUGUCCCAAAGGAAACCAAUGCAUUCUACUCUCUCAAGAACCCUGAUGAGGUCAUGAAAUUCCUCAAUUCCCUGGUGACAUGGAAGCACGACCAAACUAAGUCCGUUAUUCAUCGGAGGAGCAUAGAGUGAUCUAUUUAUAGCCAUAGUUGGUAUUUCUGAUUGUUUUACUUGGUUAUAAUUAAACAAGGCUAUUCGAGCCAGCUGAAUUAUUUCAGAUCUGAAUUGACAUUUUUGUAUUUAUUAACUACUUUUUGGCCAAAAGUGGUCUACUCUUGUUCACAGUUGUGCCCUUUAAUUGAGUCGAUUUUUUUAAAACAAUAUCCUGACUAA